AUGACUGGUGUCCUGUACGCGUCUGUAAUGCAGAAAGAUAGCGACCAUAACAGCGAUGUUACUGGUCGCGAGAAUUCAUGCGGUUGUGACAGCGAUGAGUACCUUGUGAAAAUUAAGAAACUCGUGCUGAUCGCUCUCGUGGUCAUUCCCUACCUCGCGCUCGCAGUGCUCUAUGUAGGCGUGGACAGCCCUGCCAUACGCAGUGGUAUAAUUUCGAGUACUGCUGUGUGUGAGCUGAGCAACCAAACGCAAAUAUGCGCCGAUCAGCGUCUACAAAAGUUGGAUAUGCAACGCAACGUCUAUUACGACUCAUCGCUACUUUCUCGGCCACAGCGCUAUGCAGCAUUGGGGCAAAAAGGGGCUACAUUCUGGUUCACCGGUUUAUCCGGCAGUGGAAAGAGCACAGUGGGCCGCGCACUUGAAAAGAAACUGCUACAACGCCGCUUACAUACAUACCGACUGGAUGGAGACAACGUGCGUAUCGGUCUUAAUCGCGAUCUUGGCUUCUCUGAAAUCGAUCGUGCCGAGAGCGUACGCCGUGUUGGUGAAAUGGCCGCUUUGUUCUCGGAAGCUGGUGUAAUUACGCUAGUAGCGCUCGUCUCACCCUUUCGAGCGCAUCGCAACGAAGUGCGCGAGCUGCACAAGAGAAUGGAUAUACCAUUUUACGAAGUAUUUGUCGACGUCCCUGUGUCAGUCGCUGCUGACCGAGACGUGAAGGGUCUGUACAAGCGCGCUAUGAAUGGUGAGAUUAAAGAUUUUACGGGGAUUUCAUCACCUUAUGAAGAGCCAUUGAACCCCGAAAUUCAUCUGCAUACCUCAAGUCAGACUCUCGAGGACGAAGUUGAGCUGAUCUUGAAUAAGAUGGAGACAGAGGGUCUGCUGACAGGAUUUGAAAGUAUUUCUAAAGGAUAUCCUGGUGUGGCAGUGGUCGAUGGAGGCAACGCCAUGGCUACAUGUUCAAAAUUUUAUUCAGAUCAACCAAGUGUUUCACAUCCAGAUAAUUAUGCUGAAUUGCCUCGUAUACUCCUUCGCGAUGAAGAUGUGCACUGGCUGCAGAUUAUUGGAGAAGGCUGGGCUGCUCCUUUGCGUGGGUUUAUGCGUGAGGGUGUUUACCUGCAAUCGUUACAUUUCAGCAGUGUACUUUAUGACUCGGACAAUCUCACGGAUGGUUAUUUGGAUAUUCAUAAAGCCACCAAUUUUUCCGAGUACGCGAAUGGAUUUGUGUCAAAGGGUCAUCGUGUUAGUAUGCCUGUGCCUAUCGUUCUUCCAAUUAACGCCGCGGCGAAGCGGCGUAUUGGCAAAUUUAAGCAAGUUGUGCUCGUGAGUACGUCUGGUGAAGAGCUUGCACUACUGAACGAUCCAGAAGUUUAUGACCAUCGUAAAGAAGAGCGUAUCACGCGAACAUUUGGUGCCAUAGACUAUGGUCAUCCAUACAUAGCCGAAAUCCUUAAGUCAGGCGAGUAUCUGCUGGGUGGGGAGAUUGAGAUGCUGACUCGUAUUAAGUACAAUGACAACUUAGAUAUGUAUCGUUUGACACCAUCUGAAUUGCGAAGUCGCUUCGAAGAAAUGGGUGCCGACGUAGUGCUUGCGUUUCAAACACGAAACCCUACACACGCUGGACAUGCUUACCUAAUGAACAAUGCCCUCGAGCAGUUGAUUAGUCAAGGUUAUAAGACACCGGUGCUUUGGCUGUCUCCUCUUGGUGGAUGGACGAAAGAAGACGAUGUUCCUUUGGACGUGCGUGUGCGUCAACACGAAGCUAUAUUACGGGACGGUAUGCUUGACAAGACCAGUACUGUACUUGCAAUCUGGCCAUCUCCCAUGACUUAUGCUGGGCCUCGCGAGGUGCAAUGGCACGCAAAAAGUCGUAAAAAUGCCGGUGCGAGCUUUUUCGUUGUCGGGCGGGACCCUGCUGGCAUCAAGCGCUCAAACGGCAGUAAUGACGACAUUUACGAUGGUGAUCAUGGCCGUUUUGUGCUACACAUGGCUCCUGGCAUGGAGAACUUUAACAUUCUUUCCUUUUCGAAGGUAUACUACGACGUAAAAGAUCACAAAAUGAAGCCACUGGAUAAUAGCCGCAAGCAAGAUUUUCUAUCGAUUUCUGGAUCUCUCAUGCGUAAAAUGGCUCGUGAUGGUCUACAAAAGUGUUUGGGAGAUCAGAUUCCGUCUGACUGGAAGAGCAAUCCAACGUGCGUUCCUCAGGGUUUCAUGGCAAAAUCCGGUUGGGACAUUAUGAUUGAAUACUAUCAAAACGUCAACAGUCCAAAUUGGAUCCCGUUUGCCUCAAAAAUUUCCAAGCCUCUAUUGGACACUUCGCGCUCUCUUAUGUUAGAAGGAACAUUUGGUCGCACCGAUUUCAAGCUUUACUUUAAGAAUGAAACCGGUGAAAAGAUUUCUCCGUGGCAUGACAUUUCGCUCCACGAAGUUGAUUUAAUCGAUCAUGAAGUGUUUAAUUUUAUUGUCGAAAUUCCCAAAGGCAUUGCUCACAAGAUGGAGAUGAACAAGGAAGAGCAUUACAAUCCAAUUAUGCAAGAUACAACGCACAAUGGCACUCGAGGACGAAAUUACUUGUAUGGCGUGCCUUUUUUCAAUUAUGGUUUUUUUCCACAAACGUGGGAAGACCCAAGUGUGAAAGAUGCGAAUGGUAAUGGUGGUGAUAAUGAUCCAUUGGAUGUGAUUGAGGUGGGCGUUAAGCAGCUACCUAUGGGCUCUGUGAACCCAGUUAAAAUUUUGGGUGGUAUUGAGCUAAUCGAUCAAGGCGAAGUAGACCACAAGAUUAUUGUGCUUUCCGUUGCUGAUGAAGAUGCUGAAAAUAUUAAUAACGUGGACGACCUGCAAAGAGUGAAGCCUGGCAUGCUGGAUGCAUUAGUAGACUGGCUUAAAAAUUAUAAAAUUCCAGAAGGCAAGUCAGAGAAUGUCUUUUCACAAGAAGCACCGAUAUCUGUCGACACUGCCAAACUUGUAGUGGCAAAGACACAUGAACGAUGGCAAAAGCUUAAAGCAGGAGCAAUUUCUCGUGAUAAUGACUUUUGGCUCAUGUAG